ACAUAGUUACGUAUCACAUGUUCUAAAUCCUGGUUAACACUGUACUGCAUUAUAAAUCACAAAGGAGCUGUUGUGUUGUAAAAUAUAAUUAUGUUUUCAUCUAGGUUGUGAGGCUAUACAAAUGGAGACACACUAAUUGGAGGGCUAGUUGCAACUUGUUAUCUUUUCACGGAGCUUAAAAACGGUAACGGAAAUGGUUACUAAAGGGAAAGGAGAUGCACCCAAGAUUGUGGAGCCAGAGCAGGAACCUCUGAAAUCCGAAGAUAAAGAACAGCCUGCAAAAGGAUCCUGCCACUUGGAGUUUAUUCCCCCUGAUGGGGGCUGGGGCUGGGUGGUAUGCUUGGCCUCUUGUUGGACAAAUGGGACAAUAUUUGGAAUUCUCAACAAUUUUGGUAUUCUUUUUCCUAAGAUGCUAGAGGCAUACGCAAAGGAUGACCCACAUGCAACUUUUAGAACAUCUUGGAUUGGAUCUCUUUGUGUUGGAAUGACUUUCUUUAUGUCAAUGAUUGCAAGCAUUUUGACAGAUCGUCUGGGAAUACGUGUCACAGCAUGUGCGGGUGCCCUUAUUGCGACUGCAGGCAUCCUGGCCAGUUCAUUUAUAGAACAACUAGAACUGAUGUAUCUGACAUAUGGUAUACUAUUGGGUACAGGCUGUUCUUUGGUCUAUACUCCGUCCCUGGUAAUAUUAGGACAUUACUUCAAAAAACGUUUAGGUCUGGUCAACGGAAUAGUGACCUUAGGAAGUGCUAUAUUUACCAUAGUUUUGCCAUAUGUGCUCAAACAUGCCUUACACACAAUCGGCUUCAAACACACUGUCCACAUUUUGGUUGCCUUGGUUGCCUUAUUAUUUCUUUGUGCCAUCAGCUGGAAACCCCUCAUCGUUCACCCCUCAAAGUCCCAACACAGUGGAGUGGAACAAUUCCUGUCAACAGCAACCAUUACUGAAAAUAUGAGCGACUGUAUGCGCUGGACACGCAGAUUUCUCAAUGUAAAGAUUUGGCGACAGAAGGGCUAUGUUAUCUGGGUGAUUGCAGUUCCUGUCUGCCUAUUCGGAUAUUUUAUUCCAUUUGCCUAUUUGGUAAAACAUGUGAAAGAUGUCCUUGGAGAAAGUGCCAACUCUGAAAUUCUCAUCAUGUGCUUGGGUGGCACUUCUGGUGUAAGCCGCUUGGUUUCGGGCAAACUAGCAGACGUGAAGUGGGUAAAUCGCAUCCGUCUCCAGCAAGCAGCAUUCGUUGUCCUAGGCAUCUGUACCCUGUGCAUUCCUUUUGCUACACAUUUUGCAGUCUUUGUGGUAAUUGUCCUGAUAAUGGGGCUGUGUGAUGGAUGUUUUGUUUGUCUUCUUGGACCCAUUGCCUUUGACUUAGUAGGUUCAAAGGGAGCAUCACAAGCUGUAGGCUUUCUGCUAGGGCUAAUGUCCGUCCCCAUGAUGAUUGGACCACCAAUAGGAGGGAUGUUGAAAGACCAUUUUGGAUCAUACAACAGUUCAUUUUGGUAUGCUGGAAUUCCUCCAAUAAUUGGAGCAGCCAUCAUGUUCCUUAUCCCUAAACAUAAGCAGCAAUUUCCUGCUGUGUUUGAGUUGGAAGAGUUUGCAGCCAUGGCAACUGAGAGUUAUGAUGAUGAAGAGGAGUGGGCAGCUAACGAGGACUACCUGAAGUAUUACAUCCACUCAGACGGAAUUUGGCAGAUGCAUCAUGGGAAGCCAUGGAAAGGAUCCCCACAAGAGGAAGACCUAGAAAAAGCCAAGAAGCAGUUUACAACCAAGAAUGGCUUCCUUGCUGUUCCUUCUGUAAUCCCUGGGUUACCUCAAAAUAAAGAGAGUCUAACACAUGAAGAAGACAAUAUCAACAAACCUGGUGGUCAAGGCCCUCAGUUAACCAUCAGUAAAGUAGAAACUGAUGGCACUUCUACAGCAACUGUUCCCAAGACCAGUGGUGAGAGUGACGCGCAAAGGAAAAGGCACCACAGUGACGGGGCUCAGCACAACAAGAAACCAAAUGGAAGCAUUAAACGUUGGUCGCUGCAACAGCCAGAUAACAUCCAGGAGGAUACUAUUGGUACGGGAGAAGUAGUUAUUGCAAAGGAAUCUGUUUUAUAGUUUGUUCAUGGGGUGAUAUUUAGUGUCCCGUAUCUCAGCAGAUCAAAGAACUGAUGCUGAUAUGUUUAAAGGCACGAUAAUUGUAUUUUGUUGUACAGAAUACACUGAAGGAUCACACAAGAUUUAGAGUGACCACAUCAGCAGGAACCACAACUACUAUACAGGCACACUGGGGCAGUUUAACACAUUUGGAAAAACUAUUGCAAGCUUGUGCAGUUGAUGAUCCGUAUAAUGAAGGGAAAUAAUAGUGACUGGAAUGGUAACAUAAAGAUGAAAUCUGUCUGUAGUAUUCCCUUUUCCACUUCAAGGAAUACUUCCUGAAAGGGGGAGUUUCAAUAUUUUUUUGUAGAAAUACAAAAUUGAACAAUUGAGCAUGCACGUACACAUGGAUGUUUAAGUAUUGCCCUUCUUUGAAUAGGGAUUGCUAUAUUUAGAAAAAUGUUGAUGUCAACUAAGCUUUUUGGUAGGCUCAAUAGUUGCAAUGCAGGCUUGACAGAAAUGAAUCUUCAACCCAAUUUGAGAGUUGCGAGAGGGGAAGUUGUCCUCGCAAUGCAUUUUGAGCAAAGCUGAAUAAAUCUUGCCUGCUGCACAUGUCAGCAAGCAUUGCUCUAACUUACUAGCCUAAUAUUUGCAUCAAAAUAAUCUACCUCGCUCUAACUGGAAUAAGGCAGUUUACAGUGAUUCAGUAUAUGGUAAUUAGUCUUUCCUAACUCAAUAAUUUGGUCAGUCAAUUUCACAGAAUGCCAUGAGAUAAAUAUCUGCCUUUACUGUUUGUGGAUUCACUACUAUUUGCAGAUUCACUUGAAAAAUUCACUCAUUUUAAGGAAUGUUUUUGAGAUAUUGAUAAACAUACAGUUUUUUCCAUGUUCUUGAAUAGCAAAUUUUUAUGUUAAAUUUUAAAGGGCAUUAAUAAGUGAUUAUAGGCAUUUUCCAUAUUUUAUUCCAUACUUUAUUUUUUUAAUAAUAUUAUAUAGGAUUGUUGAAUUAUGUCCCAUGAUAAAUAGGUGAAUAUAUUAAAACUGUUAUGAUGUUAAUGUGAUGUUACACAUUUGUUAGCACGUGUGAGAAUCAUUAAUUUUGUGUUUGACUUUGAAUUGUAUUUCUUUCCCUCAGUAGUUUGAAUUUGUGUUGUUCGCCUUUCAUUUAAUAAGCUGUUGUUUAAAUUGUUUUAUGUUACUAUUUUAUUACUCAGAUCCAUGAAAUAUUUUCAUGCACUUUUACAUUUAUUAUAUUGUUUAUCCAGUAUUCAUUAUACUUCCUUCAUAUUAUUUACUGAGCUUUGUGCCAUAUUAAUAUUUAAUGAUUGCUUAAUGCAUGUGAUGAGUGUUAAGUGCAUUUGGCCAUUCUUAAACAUUUCACAGUAGAUUUGUAUAGUUAUUAUACAGGAUACAUUGAAAUAGUGUUUCAAACUUUUAUCUUUACUCAUGAUAGAGUAGUAUUGGCAAAUUCAUUUAAUUUCAUUUGGGCAUUAUAUUGAUAUUUCCUCUUUGUCCUUUUUAUGGGGUAAAGAUCAAUAAUAAAAACUUCUAUUUGCACACCAGUUGGUAUUCUUUGUUACAUGAUCACAAUUUAAAUACUGAUUGAUUGGUUGAGAGGUAGUCAUGUGCGCUCAAUAUUUAACCAUAUUAUUCAAGCUUCGGGUCAAACAUAGCAAAGAGGUGAACUCGUCCAAAGUCGAUAAUUAUAAUGAAGAACCAAAGCUUAUGAUCUUCUGGAACCAUAAAAUUGCAAAUAUGCUACAAAAUUGAAAAUAAGAGGAAUCUACCCCAUUUAAAUUAUAAGGAUUUCAUUCUU